CCUUCCGUCUAUUUUUUCUUACUGCUUUCAUUCUCACACUCUAAAAUAGGUCACGGGGUGGAAGUUACACCUGGUACAGCCUCCGCCUCGGAUGCAAAAGCAGCUUUUCCUCCCCGGCUCCGGGAGAGCAUUGCAACUAUUCGGUUCCGUGGAGCUUCCCGCCCCCAUUCGGUGCAGGAAGCUCGCCGCCCGCGGGUCUAACAAUGGUCUGCGGAGGGGAGCGGCGGGAAGCCUGGGGUCCAGCCUAGUUCAGCUGGCCCUGCGCCUGCCCUCCCUCCGGGACCCGGAGGAGGGGGCGCGACAGGUCGGCUCACUUGCGAGCGCCCGGGACUGGAGUCUGACCGCCUGGGGCCUGUGUCCCCUGCAGAGUGGCUCAUCAUGUGAAGGAAUCUCUACUUGAUGUCACUCACCCUAGUACUUUUCACCUUUCACACUGAGAAGGUCGUGAGCAACAACUGUCACUCCCUGAGGGUGGAAACUGCCAUGAUUCACAAAGGCAAGAAGUAAUUUUCCUGUAAUCACAAGAUGACUCAGGAUGGACCAUGAGGCGGCCCAGCUGGAGAAGCAGCAUGUGCACGACGUGUAUGAGAGCACCGCCCGGUACCUCAGCGACCUGCAGGGCAAAGCCUGGCCCCGCGUCCGCCAGUUCCUCCAGGACCAGGAGCCCGGCAGCCUCAUCGCCGACAUAGGUUGUGGGACUGGAAAGUACCUGAAAGUGAAUAGCCAGGUACAUAGCCUGGGCUGUGACUACUGUGGGCCGUUGGUAGAGAUUGCCCGGAGCAGGGGAUGUGAGGUUAUGGUGUGUGACAACCUUAACCUCCCCUUUAGGGAUCAGGGCUUCGACGCCAUCAUCUCCAUAGGAGUCAUACAUCAUUUCUCUACAAAACAAAGAAGAAUCCGAGCAAUAAAGGAAAUGGCCCGCGUCUUGGUUCCCGGAGGCCAGCUCAUGAUUUAUGUCUGGGCCAUGGAGCAAAAGAACCGGCACUUUGAGAAGCAAGACGUGCUGGUUCCGUGGAACAGGGCCCUAUGCUCCCGGCUCCUGUCCGAAUCCAGCCAACCCGGGAGAAAGAAGCAGUGUGGACAUCUGGAGAGAAGCCACCCCUACCACCCUCCUUGCUCCGUGUGUAGCUGCUCUGUUUGUUUUAAGGAGCGACGGGACUCCAAACGGUCCCACAGCGUGGACGAUGAACCCGUCAGGGCCAGGACUUGCUGUGCAAACAUUUCGAAGGAAGCUGGGGGAGGAAAUGGGUUCUACAACACGUUAGGGAAAUCUUUUCGCUCCUGGUUUUGCUCCAGAUCUUUGGAUGAGUCAGGUCUGAGGAAGCAAAUUGAAAGAGUGAGACCCUUGAAAAACACAGAGGGUUGGGCCACCAGCACUAUCUCCAUCCAGCCUUCCAGACACUCCAGUGUAGACAGGGAUCCCCAAGAGCCGUUUUCAACAAGAGAGCCAAGUUCAGAUGAGGACGUGUUUGUGGAAAGUUCUCAGAAGCAUUUGGAGUGGCUGAGAGCACCAGCCACCGGGAAACAUCUCCGUGGAGACCGUCAAGGAGAAACCGGGAGGAGUGGCGGUGGGGAUUGUCUGGGCAGCACCCACACCCAGGAGGAGUGUGCGGCGGCGGGUGCCUUAGGAGAAGGGAAGCCUUCUGCUCGUAGAGCACUGAGGAGGGUCUCUACGGUUGACUCCACAGAUUCCAUCCCAGAUGACACAAUUCCUGUGGAAGGACAGCAGCCCGACGUUUGGGACUCCAGGGCCUUUAUGCGCUACUACCACGUGUUUCGCGAAGGCGAGCUCUGUGGCCUGCUGAGGGAAAACGUGUCAGAGCUCCAUAUCCUGAGCUCUGGGAACGACCAUGGCAACUGGUGCAUCAUCGCCGAGAAAAAGGAGACCUGUGGUUGACUGGCUCAUCUCAGACAGCCCCUCCGGAGAUGCGCCACGCUCCUGUCCCCGGCGUUGGGAUGGCGACCUGACUUUGCAUCCACUUCCAUUAUUUUUUGACCCAUGCAUGCUCUGGUCUGUAGAGACUGUGGAGGCCAUCUUUUGAAUCUUUGCGUAAACACAGAGCCGGGCAUCUGAAGCAUUUGGCGAAGGGUGUUUGUGGUUAAAUGAUGGAAGAGAUCUGAAGAGGCAGCGUGCCGUGAGCUUCAGUACAGUUUGGGGGUUUUCCCCCUGGAAGAUGAAAUUAUUAUGAGACUACAUGUGUAUAGUUUUUCAGUCUUAUAAACUGAUUUUAAAAGAUCCCGUUUAUGAGGAAAACUGAGACAGAAAGAAAUUGCUCAGCAUCACAGUCACACCCAUAAACCCUGGCACUACUUACGUCUCACUAAAAUGGACCCCAGCGGAAUUUCUGAGACACUUUGAACAUGGAUGUGAAAACUGUCUCAUUUUCUGUAGAUGUUCUCUUCAAUAUGUAUGAUGUAAAUGCCCAUAUUCCUAGACGUCUAGUGUUGGCUGUCAUUACUGACCAAGAAAAAGCAGCCCCCUUAUGUACUUGCCAAAACAUUAAAUUAGCCAUUACCAUAGAAAUGUA